AUGGAUGGAAGAUACUCGAACCUUUCAGCGAUAAAGGCUGCCAUUCUUAUUCAACGAUGGUAUCGACGGUGCUUGGCUCGAUUGGAGGCGAGACGACGUGCUACGUGGAGCAUAUUUACGGCAUUAGAAUAUUCGGGAGAACAAGAUCAGUUGAAGUUGUAUAAUUUUUUCAGCGAUAUUAUGCGAGCAAUGGCCGACUCAGAAAAUGCUGGUGUCAACAGUGGUGCACCGUCACUUUCUCAAGAUCUGCAUGAGAGAAACAUUUCAGCUAACGAUCAAGAGCUGGACUACAAAUUAGCUGAAGCGACAAAACCCGAACUAUUCAAGGUCGAUAAAUCCUAUAAAGGACCGGUGAUUAAGCUCCCACUGAAGAAAGCGCAUGUUGAUAACAUGAUUGAUGCCUUCAAACAAAAUAAGACGAUUCAUGUGCGUUAUUUGCUCAUGAUACUUCACGAAGCGAGACGAAUAUUCAAAGCGAUGCCAUCGGUUGUGCAUUUGUCCACGUCACUCUCGAAACAAGUCACAGUAUGCGGCGAUCUACACGGAAAAUUCGAUGAUCUAUCAAUUAUCUUAUACAAAAAUGGAUAUCCAUCAGUUGAUAAUCCAUACGUGUUCAAUGGUGAUUUUGUGGAUCGAGGCUCACAAAGUAUCGAGGUUUUUGUGGUUUUGUGUGCUCUCGUCGUCCUCAAUCCGUCCUCAGUGGUAUUGAAUCGUGGUAAUCAUGAAGAUCACAUCAUGAACCUACGGUAUGGAUUCGUUAAAGAGCUCAUGACCAAAUACAAGGAUGCAGCGACUCCAAUUGUACGUUUGCUGGAAGAUAUCUUCUCAUGGUUACCACUUGCAACGAUUAUCGAUAACGAUAUAUUUGUGACACACGGCGGUGUUUCUGAUAAAACCGAUCUGAAUCAAAUACGAAGAUUCCCUCGACACAAAUAUUUAUCAAUUAUGAGACCACCACUUGUGCAACGCAGAGACGGUAAGAAAAGUGUUGAUGUGAACGAGUGGAAACUUCUGUUGGAUUUGCUGUGGAGUGAUCCGAAGCAGCAGCCAGGGUGUUGGCCGAACGUCUUCCGAGGAGGUGGCUCGUACUUUGGACCGGAUGUCAGUCGACGAUUUUUGGAAAAGAAUCAUCUCAGAUUGCUGGUCCGCUCGCACGAGUGUAAGUAUGAAGGCUAUGAGUUCACACAUCACCAACGUGUACUCACCGUAUUCUCGGCAUCAAACUACUAUGAACUCGGCAGCAAUCGUGGUGCUUACGUCAAGUUCUUGGGCCCUAAGCGUGAACCACACUUCGUCCAAUAUAUGGCAACAAAAGUGCAUCGUAAAGUGACGGUCAGGGAGAGAUUAAGCAUUGUUGAGCAAUCUGCAAUAAGGGAUUUACGCGAAAAAGUUGGUGCUUUCAAUACGCAACUUCAAGAGGAAUAUACCAAACUAGAUCCGAAUCGAACAGGAAAGAUCUCAGUGCACAAAUGGUGUGAAUGUGCUGAGCGCGUGACAAAACUGAAUUUACCCUGGCAUGCACUCGCCAAUCGUUUGGUGACUCUAUCGAAUGAUGGUACUCAUGUUCUCUAUCUUGAAAAUCCGCCUCAAGCUUGCUUCACCAAGGGAACUAGGAAGAGUGGAAAGGCUAGUUUGACGUUCGGCUUAAUUUGUUUUACGUGGUUGAAACUCUGUACAGACACAAAAGCACAUUGGAAACUUUAUUCAGAUUUAUGGAUAAGUGUUGAUCUGAACGAUUACUUGCAGGAUAAUUCCGGUCUGGUUUCAAUGGACGAAUUCUUGGAAGCUUGCAAAGUGUUAGGUCAAUAUACAAGAACGCAUUUAUCGGCCUCGUAUUUGGAAGAAAUCGCAGAGAGCAUCGACUUCAACAAGGAUGGCUUUAUUGACCUGAACGAACUAUUGGAGGCGUUCCGUUUGGUCGACAAAAACAAAUGA